AUGGAGGAGGAAGAGUACAACCAGCUGGCCUUCCUGGAUGUCCUCGUAUGCCGCGAGGAUUGUGGUGGACUAAAGACCAAAGUGUUCAGGAAAGCGACAAAUACGAUGCAAGUACUGAACUUCAACAGCAACCACCCAAUCAGUCACAAACGCAGUUGUGUAAGGACGCUCUGUCGGCGUGUCGAAACGCACUGCAGUGAGCCGGAAGAUAAGAUUGCCGAACUACAAUACCUCCGACGGGUCCUCAAAGCCAAUGGCUACCCGCGCAACUUUGUCAACCGGUGCAUACGCAAAAGGGACGAAAGGCCUAACAGCACGGACACCUGGGUUUGGCGAGCGCUUCCAUAUGUCAAGAACGUUUCGGAAGCUGUUGGUCGCCUUCUCGCACCAAUUAGGGUUGGAAUUGCACACAGACCGAAGGCAACCAUCAGGCGUCAGUUGAUGAAACCAAAAGACCCACUGCCACGGCAAGAAACGUCUGGAGUCAUUUAUCAGAUCUGGUGCAGUUGCGGACUAGGCAACUACGUCGAAGAAACCGGAAGACAACUCCAAACGCGAAUAGCCGAACACGCUGCUGCGGUGCGGAGAAAUGACGCCAGCUCUCAAGUUGCGGCUCAUUCGACGGGUUCCGACCACACAUUCAACUUAGACGAGGCCGAAAUUCUCGCAAGAGGUGACAACCGCGUGAGCCGGGAGCUGCUUGAGUCAUAG